AGAGAGAGAGAGAGAGAGAGAUGCACACCUUCAGCACAUUCCCACCGCAGUUUGGACGGGACAGGAGGCUUUAGAAGCGGCACUCUUUCAUUUCAUCCCUCCAUCACUGGGCGUUUCUUUCAGCGGAUGGAGUGAGCAGGAGUGAGCGGAGCAUCUGGACGUUGUGAAGGUCUCAUCUGCAUUCAUCUCACACUGCCUGAGGAUAGAGGAGGAAGAGAAGAGGAGGAUGAGGAAGAGCCGCAGCGUGCUGGCAGUGACGCCUGAAGACGAGGGCAAGGAGCUCCCAGCAUGCACCGGUGCCACUCUUGGUUCCGAGCUGCGUCGUUGCUGCCGCCGUCACUCGGGGACGCCCACCUUGCCGCCGUUGUCAUGGCGUCAGACAGAGAGGAUGCGGAGUCCUGAGGAAGAUCUCAUGAGCCGACCGACCUCGCUGGCCUUCAUUGACCCACCACGCAUAGACAUCACACCGGUACCACCUGAGAGUUUGGAGGUGGAGAACGGUCCGUGCAGUCCUGUGGAGCUUCAGGUUUCUCCCGGUUCUGCUUUGGUUCUCCCUCAUGGUCAGCGCAGAGAGUCAUUCCUGUACCGCUCCGACAGCGACUACGAACUCUCACCCAAAUCCACCUCACGCAACUCCUCCAUCGUGGGAGAACUACACGGUGAAGAUCUCAUCGUCACACCGUUCGCUCAGGUCCUCGCCAGUCUGCGUACGGUCAGGAGUAACUUCAGCGUUUUGACCAACGUGCAUGGACCGUCCAGCAAGAGAUCUCCAGUUAGCAUGCAGCCUCCGUUAAACAGAGCCUCGCUAUCAGAUGAGUCGUAUCAGAAGCUGGCCUUGGAGACCAUGGAGGAGCUGGACUGGUGCCUGGAUCAGCUAGAGACCAUCCAGACACACCGCUCAGUCAGCGACAUGGCCUCCAACAAGUUCAAGAGGAUGCUGAACCGUGAGCUCACACACCUGUCGGAAAUGAGCCGCUCUGGGAACCAGGUGUCCGAGUUCAUCUCCAACACGUUCUUAGACAAACAGAAUGAGCUGGAGAUCCUGUCGCCUCCUCCGAAGUCUCGGGAGAGGAAGAGGAAACAGCAACAACAACCGCUCAUGACUCAGAUCAGUGGAAUGAGGAAGGUGGCACAUGGACCAGGCAUCUCCAGCAGCUGCAGCGUGGCCCGAUUUGGAGUCAAGACCGACCUUGAAGACCUGCUCGCAAAGGACUUGGAGAAUAUCAACAAGUGGGGAUUGAACAUCUUCAGGAUUGCUGAGCAUUCCCAUCAACGCCCGCUCACCUGCGUCAUGUAUGCUAUCUUCCAGGAAAGAGAUUUGAUGAAAACCUUCAGGAUCCCAAUGGACACCUUUGUGACCUACAUGAUGACCCUGGAGGACCACUACCACUCAGACGUGGCUUACCAUAACAGCCUGCAUGCUGCUGAUGUCGCACAGUCCACUCACAUCCUCUUGUCCACCCCUGCUCUAGAGGCGGUCUUCACAGACUUGGAGAUUCUGGCAGCCAUCUUUGCAGCAGCGAUCCAUGACGUGGACCACCCGGGGGUCUCGAACCAGUUCCUGAUUAAUACCAACUCAGAACUGGCGCUCAUGUACAAUGACGAAUCUGUUCUCGAGAACCAUCACUUGGCCGUAGGAUUUAAGCUCCUACAAGGGGAAAACUGCGACAUCUUCCAGAACCUGUCAAAGAAACAGCGGCAGUCCCUUCGCAAAAUGGUCAUCGACAUGGUUCUAGCAACAGAUAUGUCCAAACACAUGGGCUUGCUAGCGGAUCUGAAGACCAUGGUGGAGACCAAGAAAGUGACCAGUUCAGGAGUGUUGCUGCUGGACAACUACACGGACAGGAUACAGGUCCUGCGCAAUAUGGUCCACUGCGCCGAUCUCAGCAACCCCACCAAGCCUUUGGAUCUUUACCGACAAUGGACAGACCGUAUCAUGGAGGAGUUCUUCCACCAGGGUGACCGAGAGAGAGAGCGCGGCAUGGAGAUCAGCCCCAUGUGCGACAAGCACACUGCUUCUGUCGAGAAAUCCCAGGUGGGAUUCAUUGACUACAUCGUGCACCCUCUGUGGGAGACGUGGGCGGAUCUGGUGCACCCAGACGCCCAGGACAUCCUGGACACUCUGGAGGAGAACAGGAACUGGUACCAUAGCAUGAUCCCUCAGAGUCCAUCUCCUCCGUUCUAUGAGGCUGGAGGAGACAAGUUCCAAUUUGAACUGACUUUGGAAGGUGAAGAUGGGGACAAUAUUCACCGAGAAGGACCUUUGGAAACAGCUGACAUGGAUAUAGCUCCUUCCUCACCAGCUGAGACGUAGCAUCCCACUACGUUGGCGUUUGGUCAGCCAUGUUGGUUUAUUCCAUGAAAUGAAGAUCAGUGAAUCUCCUUUUAAUGAAGAAGCUAUUUGCGGACUUGACUAGUCCAGAGGCUCUUUUCGCAGAGCGUGAUCAGAAGGUAACGAUUCCAUAGAGCUGGAGUUUGUAAAACUCAACCAGAAAGUUCUCGUGUGGUUUGAUGUUCCGACACUGAAGCAGGAACUAAGCAGAUCCUGAAGCUUAAAUGUGGUGCUAGUACGGGAUGCUAUGAAGGAGAACUACUGACUGAUGAUCCGUAUGGAUGUACUUUUUUCGUACCACAAAGACACACACGUUUUUUAAACUUGUGUGUAAUUUGUAAUGCUUGUUUAUCAUAAACACAGCAGAACCCACAUACACAUUUAACAUGAAGGGAUUUUUUUCUGUUGAAAAAAAAACGUGAAGGAAAAAAUUAACUUUGCCCGAAGUGUUUAGAUCAGUCUUAUUUGACCUAGGGAAACAAUGGUUUAUAGAAAAACCUGUAUGUUCACGAAGUACACAUUUUCUUUAUUUGUUCAUAAGAGACAGUAUUCACUGUGUUAAGCUUUUAGUUGUUUUUUUAAUUAUUGUUAUUUUUUAAAACAUGGUACAUGUUUUUGUAUUGUAAAUAGAAGCGAAUGAACCCACAAUGAAAGCACUUUAAUGCUGACACUGAAACCACUUUAGGAUAAUGUAAAGCAGUGAUGCCACGCAACAUCCAAAAUUGAAACUGUCCACAUUUUAAACUGUCACGCUACAGUAAGCUUGCCAAAAUCAUGUUUCAGUACAGCUGAUUUAAGAAAUACAACAUGAUAUUUCAGUCAUGACAGUAAUCAUUGACGUCAGUGCCCCGUCUUUCUCAGUAUAGUCAUGCACACACAGGAUGUGGUAUAAAGAAGUCGUGCGUACAUGUCGCGCAUCCUGAAAUCAAGUUUAAAACUCCUGCAGUAGGUUGGCAUUGUGGUCACAUGCAGCACCCUUAAAGCCACAAAGCUAGAAAAAAAAAUUAUGCUUAUUUCUAAAAUUGUUUGCAAUUGUCUUCAAACACAUUUAAUCUUAUAACAGUUUGUUUAAAACAGCUGUUUGUUCCCUUGUAGUAUUAAAUAGCAAACAAAAUUUGUCACGGACGACAAAAAACAAACAAGUCUCACUUUUUUUUUUUGUAUCAUUGCAGUGCUAAUGAGUAUUUACCCUCAUAACUUCCCUGGUGGAAUGUAUGUCAUUAUUUGUUACUUUGUGCUGUUGUAUUGUUGUAUUACUUUGUGAAUUUUAUUAUUUUAUUGUGUGCUGCACAAAAAACAAAGUGACUAACCGGCCCACACUGUGAUGUCAUGGUGUAUCCGUGUCACUUACCAAAGAAUUUAUUAAACCUGAAAAUUUUGGAAA